ACAUAAUAACUGUUUUGUUGUAAUGCAAAACAGUUCUAUUAUUACACACGAAUUUUAGAAAAUAAAAACAAAACUGCUAACACGACGGUUCAUAUUCCCGCCAAGAAGUUCCACUGUCAAGUCAUUGGCAUUUUAGUUUUGAUUCCAUCUCCAUCUACGUUCUCCAUUUUUCAUCAUCACAGCACAGGGUAAUAGGACACACUACUUUGUUUGCAAGACCUACUACCCUACAUCCUAAUAGGGCAGUAGGACAAGCAUGGACAAGCGUUGAUCCACAGAGCACAUAAUAGGGUUGAUCACUGUUGGUUGAUCAUCAUCAUCAAGCGUCGAGCAAAUAAACCACAAAAUAAACAAACAAUUUUUGGUCAAGUACUAAAUCGUGUACUAAUUUAUUAUAAUACAUUCUGGGAAUCACCAUCAUCACGAUAAAAGUUGCAUGAAAUUAUCAGACCUCAGAGAGGAAAUAAUGACAAACAAUAGAACUGCUCUUAUCAACAAAUUGACCGAGCAAACUUAUCUAUUGUAAAGUAGGACAAAGAAGUCCCACAGUGAGUAGCUGUUUAAUUCUAUUGAUUAUUCUUAUUAUUUUGAGCAUGGGGCGGUUGAAAAUUAUGUUAAAUUAUCACCAUUGUUCUGAAACUUGUAUUGUUCUAAUAAUAAUUAUUUACUGAAACUGAAACUCGUAUUAUUCCAAUAAUAUUUUAGCUGCUGAACGGAUGUAAGAUGCAGCCCUUGACAUGUGCCCUACUUAAAAUUAUUGCAACACAAUUUAAUUGAUUAAAAGCGCAGUGCUGCACAAUAACUUGUUCAGUUUGUGUUUGAUCAUGUUUGAUGUUCUUCGGCUUCCCUCACGCUCCAGUUUGUGCUCCAGUGCUCAGUGUGUCCCAAGCACGUCCCAAGUUUGAAUUACGCGCUGUGUCGUAUUUCUUUGACAGAAGUCAAAAUCCUGCCUGACAGAGACAGAUGUUGGACAGCUGAUUGCGGGAAGUAAACAAACGAUUUCUUAGAUUAAAAUAUGAAUAAUUGUGUUAAUUGACUGUUUAAUAAAUUUAUUUGUAAAUGUGCAUGCGUUAUUAGUGCAUCGAACUUAGCUACUGAAUAUUUUACAUUGGAACAAUGAGUUAUAUUUGGAAAGAAGAUGAACUAACCUGCAAACCAUUAGAUACGUACAGUGAAAUUUCGAUGUUCUUGGAAAACCCUCCUCCUUGGCGAACUUUGUGUAAAGAGAUACAACCGCACAGCAAGCGGUUGAUAAGGAAUGUGGAUAUCAAGAGUGAUGUACGGAAGGACGUGAGUAGAGUAUUCCAGGAUGGACCGGAAACAUUCUGUCAUUUUGAUCCGGACGCGGAAGAAGUCGAAAGGCACGACGAGUCAAGUUUGCCAAAAACACUUGUUUGCCACGACAUGGCAAACGGAUAUCAUGAUGAUAGCAUCAUCGAUGGCACGGGUCGUUAUGAUGCGUAUACAUUUUACAACUGGGCCGGCAUAGAUAUAUUUUGUUACUUCAGUCAUCACUUGGUCACAAUUCCUCCCUUGGGAUGGAUCAAUGUGGGUCACGCGCACGGCGUCAAAGUGAUUGGCACACUUAUUACUGAAUGGUCUGAUGGUAUAGAAUUCUGGGAUCAAGUACUUGCUUCUGAAUCAGAGUAUAAAAACUUCGCAAGUACAUUAGUAGCUAUUGCUAAAACACUUAAAUUUGAUGGUUGGCUGCUAAAUGUUGAAAACAAGAUAGCGAAGCCCGACAUUCUGCUGGAGUUUGUGAAGCACCUGCAUACAAUUUUACAUCAAGAAUUAACAGACCCAGUGCUGAUUUGGUAUGAUAGCGUUACUAUCGAAGGUCACCUCAACUGGCAAAAUGCCCUCAAUCACAAAAACAGGUAA